CCCGCUCUGGCCGCGGUUCCCCGCUUCGGACCACGCCGCAGCUCCGAGCGCUGAGGAUCCGUGCCGAGCCGGCUUAUGGGAGUCCUCCAGAGUUACAUUUCAGAUUACUUCAAAGGGAAGCCCGAUUUAGAGUCGAUCAUGGUAAUGGAUGAGGUCAGUUUGAUCCCCGUCAGUAAAGAUGCCUAUGAAGCUCUUAAGAGAAGAGACUACUGUCUAAAUAAUCUCGUUUCCAAAAAGUUUGCUUGUACGUUGGCCUUCAGAAAAGCAGCAAAAAGUACUGUCGAAGUAUACAGGAAAAAAGUAAAAGGGGGAAUUGACAUUUGUGUUUAUAAGGAUGAUCUCACAAGACAUGAGGUUGAUGCCUUGGUGAAUGCAGCGAAUGAGUGUCUUGAACAUGGAGGUGGUCUUGCUCUUGCCCUUGUAAAAGCUGGAGGGCCAGAAAUAAAAGAGCAAAGCAAUCUUUAUAUUCAAAAGAAUGGAAAAGUCAAAGUUGGCAAUAUAGCAGUGACAGGUGGAGGGAAGCUUCCUUGUAAGGAAAUUAUUCAUGCAGUUGGGCCAAGGUGGAAUCCUCAUGACAAGGAAACAUGCUGUUACCUACUUCAGCAAGCUAUUUGGAACAUUCUGUGUUAUGUUAGUGCUUCAGGAAAGUUAAAGUCUGUGGCUAUCCCAGCAGUGAGUUCAGGUGUCUAUGCCUUCCCAGUUGAUUUAUGUUCUCAAGUGAUUGUAAUGGCUGUAAAGGAAUUUGUUGAGAAAAGUCCACCAAGCUGUCUCAGGGAAAUCCGCCUGGUGAACAUUGAAGAGUCUACAGUUGCAGAAAUAAAGAAGGCCUGUGAAAAGUUUCUGGGUGAUACCAGUUCACCUGAGGACACUGUGUCAGCUUCACCAAGCCAGCUUUCAGCUUACCUCAAACAUGGAGGCAUUCGCUUGCGCAUCAUAAAUGGAUACCCUGAACAGCUGAAGAAAACAGCUAUUGUUAACCCUGUGAAUGCAAGGGGUGAGCCUACCUCUCAAUUUUCAAGACGACUGAUGGAAGAAGAGGGUUCAGCUUUUCAAAAGGAACUUCAGCAUCAUCUUAGAUAUCCACAUUUUAAGGAACCCAUAGUAAUGAAAAGGCGUGAGCUGCCUGGUGUGCCUGUACUGAACGUGGUGUUGAGAUGCCAGCAUCCGGUGUUACAGUGUGAGGAAUUAAAGGAUGCAGUGAAAAGAUGCCUGGGUCACUUCCAGGACCACUCAUCUCCCUCAGUUUCUUUUCCAGUAGAUUGGUCACCAAUGCUGUCUAUUGACAUAGUGGCAGAGACCAUGAUAGAAGCAAUUUUAAAUUUUGCCAGGGCACAUCCUAUGAAGAAGAGAGAAGUGCAAUUUGUCGUUUUCCCAGAUGACCUUGAUGUCUACAAGGUUCUCCAGAGAAAAUUUUAUUCAGCAAAUCACAAACUGGAAAACAGAAGUGAUCCUUUGAGUACCGAGUCAGGGGGUCAAACUGCAAGCAGUGAACCAAUGAUUGAACUUAGAGGGAGCACACCUACAGCACUGGAAGCAGCAGAAUCAUGGCUCCAAACUGUAAUGCAAAUUCAGGAAGGUCGCCCUGCUGUUAUUGAAAAUAACUACAUUUUUUGCCUUGGUAAAAAGGAGUUUGCAGAACUCUCUCGAGAGCAGCCUUCUAGUUUAUGCAUGUCAGAAGAAGUGAGAGGUGGACAAGCAAGACUGAAAUUUCAGGGCCCUCCUGAUGCUUUGGUUGAUGCAGUGCUCAUGACUGAAGAGUUACUGCUUCGUAUGCAAGAGACGACUAUAGCUGAACAAGAGAAACUGCUCUACUCAUUGUGCCAACCAGAAGCAGGUCAGCUUUCAGAAGGAGACUUUCACAAGACAAGUACCGCUCACUGUGUCCAGAUUUCACUGGUAGACUCGCACCUCCAGGAGUUUAAAGACAGACAGAAACAGUUUGAAAAAGCUGGACUUCAUGUUCUCAGGAUUGAAAAGAUACGUAAUCCACUUCUAUCUGCUGCAUUCCAACAAAUGAAAAAAAAUGUAGAUGGUAGCUCCAAAACGACCUUCAAGUUGUACCAGAAUGUCCCUGCUGAGUUCUGUAGUUCAGUUUGCCAAACUGGAUUUCACAGGAUGUAUUCUCCACCAACAGAACAAAACUAUGGAGCUGGCAUUUACUUUACAAGGAACCUGAGGAACCUGACCAAGGAUAGAGCUACAUGGGAAACAAAUUCUAAAAUAUACGUGUUUGAGGCUGAUGUAGUAACUGGCUUACACACUAGAGGCCAGCCAUCUUACAUUGUGCCACCAGGAGUGGAGAGGGAUGCCAUUACCUUAUAUGACAGUUUAGUAGACAGUGUACGCAGUCCUGACAUCUUUGUCAUUUUCAACGGUUUUGGGGCCCUUCCACAGUAUUUGCUGACUUGUUCCCCAGUGACUGAGAGGUAUGUAGCUUCUGGAGAAAACCAGCAACAUCCUCAGUGGGUAUAAAGCAGAACUGUAGCUACGGUGAAGACCCUCUGAGAACAAAGUCUAUUGCUUAGAUUUGAGAGUAGUGUGCUAUGGUCAAAGUGCUUCCUGAAAAGUACUCUGAAAUAUUCAUGAAGUAAAGAGUAAGUUAAUACCUGAAGGAGAUGAGGACAAAAUUACCUGUGAAUGGAAGCAGAAGGGAAAGCAUCCCAAAAUACAGUUUAACAUUUAACAUUAACAUUUAACAUACCUGGUCAUUUACUUAAUUCCUUAAAGUGAUCUCAGCUUGUGAGUAUACACUUUGAUGGUUGUGUGGGCUGUCAUUCUUCCACUGCAUUUUCUUAAUCUGCGAUACUGCAUAUGUCAGGGAAACACAAGACAUCUUGGUUGUGCCUUUUGAUUCUUAAGGUUUUUUUUGACUUAAGAUAGCUUUCAUCUGCUACAUUCCCCUAUUUUCCACUUAGGGACAUGGUAUUAUAUACACAUAGUUAUGACAAACAUGAGGAAAUACUUCAUGAUUUCUUACAGUGGUUGCUUUUACAGUUUUUAUUAGUUACUUCAAGCAUUGUAGAUACAUGUAUUCAAAAUAAAAAGUACGAAUGUCA